GAUUUAAUAAAAGUCAUCAUUGAUCACAACUCUGAACUCCCUGGCUUCCUCCGACUAAAUCGCCACUGCGGAGGAAUACUAGUAGUCCGUAUAUGAUUCUACUUUCUAUAUCUCUCUCUGCAGCCCUAUUUAAACCGCUGCAGCCUACCGGCAUAGCAACGCUCCCAACUCCCAUUGAUGCCGGUCUUCUCUUCUCUAGGUCCCGAUGAGAACAUUCUUUAACGUGAGAAAUGAGAACAGUCCAAAACGAUUCAGAUUAUGGUUCACAAAGGAGGUAGGAUUCAGCUCGUAAAAUGCUUCCCAAUCUAUCCUAGAUGAGGUUGUAAAGCAUUGCCAUUUGUAGAAAUCAGCUGGUCAGUGGGGUUCUCGGAAUUCAAGGAACGGUGGAAUAUCACGCCGGCGGCCGGCCUCCCUUGCACCCCUCCCGUCGGUGGAUUUGGAUAUCUAGUCGAAGUCACAGAGAUCAAUUUGAGCAAUUCAUCUCCAAAUUUGACUGUAGUUAGCUUCAUCAAUCACUUCUUUGUGAUGAUUUGGUCGAGUGAUACAAGUCCAUCAUCCGGGAGAAGAUCUAUGAAGAGGGUUUUCUGCUAUAAUAGUGAGGAGUUUCACAAAUCCCCACCUAAGCCCAAGCACCAGAAGGUUGAUGUGACCUCUAAAUCUUCUGAAUAUAUUCAUGCCGAAGAUCCAACAUUUGCUAGCAGUAGGACUGUUGUUGUGGCCCUCCCUUCAACACCUAAUACACUGAAACAUAGAAUUCAAGAUUCAACAAGAUAUGAAUCUGUUGAAGUGAGAAGAAAUUAUAAUGAUGAAAUGGAGGUAUCUGAAGGUUGCGAAAAUUGUAACUUUGAUAAUACAAGUAUAAAUAAUGGUGAAGCCAAACUUGGGCAUAGGAAUCCGCAUCCUAACAAGGGCAAACAUAGAAAACUAAGUUUUGGGCACGAAAAAGUCAAUAGUGCCCCCACUAAUGAGCGUUCCUUAGAAGCUUGUCGUGAACGAGUUUUGGAUGUUUUACAACACUUCAAAGGAAUCUAUAACAAGCUUCUUGAAGAAUCCAAAGAAGAUCAAAGCAGAGUCAAGUAUGCAAAAAGAAGCCUGCCCGUAAAAGCUGCAUCACUCCUCAAGCAAAACAAAAAAUGGAUACGAGACAACCCAACCUUUGGAAUUAUCCCUGGAGUGGAGAUUGGCGAUACCUACCAAUUCAGGGCGGAGCUUUCAAUUGUGGGACUUCAUCUCCAAUAUCUAGCCAGCAUAGAAUACACAGAUUUUAAUGGAGGACCCCAUGUAACUAGCAUUGUGGAUUCUGGUCAUUUUGAAAGUGUUAACUCUGAAUGCCUUGACACUCUUACCUAUGUUGGUCAUGGAGAGAACCAUAAUGAUUCGAGUUCUAGUACAAAGAAGCUGAAUGAGCAAAAGUUUGAGAAGGGUAACCUUGCCUUGAAGAACUCGAAGGAUUCAAAGCUUCCUAUAAGGGUCAUAUGUCUUCAGAAAACUCUAGGUAUGAGUUUCCAAGGCUACAUUUAUGCGGGGUUGUACGUUGUAAGCAACUAUAAGCAAGAAAGAGACCAAAGGGGAAAAAUGGUCUUCAAGUUUGAACUAUGCAGACUUUGCGGGCAGCCAAACCUCACUCUCCCAUUGGAUUGGGAUUGGGUAGAAGUCAAAAAGCCCCAAGGAGACCGCGGUGUUAAGAAUCUUGUUGUGGUGGACGAUGAUGUUUCGCAAGGCAAGGAGAAAUUUUCCGUUCGUGCAAUAAAUGAUCUUGAUAAUGAAAAACCCCCUCCUUUUAUUUACAUAACCAAAAUGAUAAAACCUUUCUGGUUCAAUCCUCCUUUUCCCAAGGGUUGCAAUUGCAAAAAUGGAUGCUCAUAUUCAAAGAAAUGCGUUUGCACGCUUAGGAACGGUGGUGAGAUUCCAUUCAACAAUAUUGGUUCCAUUAUUAAAGCCAAGCCAGUGGUUUACGAGUGUGGGCCAUCUUGCAAUUGCCCCCCUUCAUGCAAGAAUCGGGUUAGCCAAAACGGCCUACAAUAUCAUCUUGAAAUUUUUAAAACCAAGUCUAGAGGAUGGGGUGUCCGGUCCCGUGAUCACAUUUCUUCGGGAAGUUUUAUAUGUGAAUACAUCGGAGAACUACUAGAUGAGAAUGAAGCGGAGAAACGAAUCGAUUGUGAUGAAUAUCUCUUUGACAUUGGUAACUACGAUGAAGGAGAAGAGAUUGACCUAGAAAACAUUCAUAGAAAGGAUAGUGAGGGCUUCACUAUUGAUGCGGCGUGGUUUGGAAAUGUGGGGAGAUUCUUUAACCAUAGUUGUUCCCCCAACCUCUAUGCGCAAAACGUGUUGUUUGAUCAUGAUGACAAGAGAGCCCCUCAUCUAAUGCUGUUUGCUCAAGAGGAUAUACCUCCUUUGCAAGAGCUAACAUAUGACUACAAUUAUAAGCUGGAUCAGGUUCGUGAUUCUAAUGGAAACCUCAAGAAGAAGAAUUGCUAUUGUGGCGCGCAGGAGUGCACUGGAAGGAUGUACUAGUAGAAGGGGAUAUCUUUCUCCACAUUCAUGUGCAAACUAUCGAUCAAGGGUUGGGUUGAUGUGGGUUGGAACAGAACAUGCCAUGGUUAUCCGUAGUUGGAUUGAUGUGUAUUUUUCUUCUUUUCUCGGCAUAUAGGUUUGAUAGAUUUUUUGCUCUGUGUGUACUUGGUUAGUGUCCAUUUUUUACUCAAUCGUCUGAGAACAUUACCUAAUAAUGAAAUUUUUAGUACCGAAAGUUGAAUAUUCUGGUCUUGUCAAGUGUUCUAGGCUGCUUUUGUUUCGAAUGUUUAAUAUAGACGUGUUCAGGUAAAUUAUGAUCAGUGGUGACGCUCAUUAUCAAUAAAGCAAUUACACUGUCCAAGUCCACUAGAUGUGACAUAUGUUUAAACCUCGUUAAUAAUUACUCCGUAGAAAACAUAAUUAUGUAGUGUACCCGGUCCAGAACUGAAUCAGAACUGAGCGGGAGAACCGAGCGGGUAAAUCACUGGACUGAAGCCGGACUAAUUGGGAUACAGUAGAGGAUCUAUGGGGGGUCUACCGGGGCAAGUGUCCCGGCUUCCGGCCAAGAAUUUCACUACUAGUGCUUAGGGUAAACUAGGUGCCCCUGCUUCCGGCCAAAAAUUUCACUACUACUACUUCGGGUAAAAUUAGUGCCCCAACCCGUUAUUAGAAUUAGAUAAUCAAGAUACUAAAAUGUUACGGUUAUAAAUUAGGAACAUGAGUUUGGAUAACUUUGUAAUUCGGACUAAGAGGUCUUUAACUCGAGGGGAUAGUUCUUCGAACGUUCCUAAUCAGUCUAUCUCAAUCGAUGCAAAUGUUGUUGCUCCGAAUGUAAGCAUUGUCCGAGAUGAGUCUAAUGACACCAGGGGAGACAAAAGAGCCCGCACAGAUAGUACGUGUGAGUGGGAUAUCAUUAGCGAUCCCGCAUUACGAAAGCCAAUCAUUGGAUAUGAGCCUCGAGUAAGAGAUGACGUGAUGAGUGCGUAUGUCGUUAAAGGUGCUUGUCAACCGUUGUCUCAUAGUAUUUCUAAAGAUGCUGCAUUUUGCUUUGGCGUUACCUUUUCCAUGGGGUAGAAGGGAAGAGAUUUGGAGAUGACGCAUUUGUGAGGACCGAGUUUAGCAUGUCUUGAUCCUAGAGAUAAGUUCUCCAAUUUCUGUGAGUCAAAGCUACUGAACCUCGCAGAAUUAUAUUCAUGCGGUUUUUCAUCUGUUGAUCGAAUGGAGCUGAAAGAGUAACUCCAGGUGUGGAUAUAUGAAAUGAGAACAAAUGAAUUAUUUUCUGCCGUACAGACUAUUGAUGAAGUUUGCAAAAAGAUGGUUGAGCUUAAAGUUCACAAUUCUUUUCACUUGGUAUAUCGUCUGAUUGAGUUGACUUUAGUAUUACCAGUUGCAACAGCCACCGUUGAAAGAGCCUUCUCUGCGAUGAAUAUUAUCAAGACAGAUCUUCGCAAUAAGAUGGGAGAUGAUUAUCUUACAGAUUUACCAACAUUUUCAGAAUAUGAAAACUCGUAGGCUUGAUUUACUAAAGUUGCAUAAAUGAACUAUUUAAUAUGUAAUUAACUACUCUGUAUAAUAACCAAGCAUUCCAGCCCAGCUGGUUGUGAGGUUACCAUGCCAAGUGGGAGGUCUCGAGUUCGAAUCCCGCUAGGCACAAAAGGGUUUGAAACUCAAUGGAGUCAGUUUCAGCCCUGAUUACUCCAGGCUCCCCCCAAACCCCCUCCCCUAGACCCCCUAGAGUAAAAAAAAAACUACUCCGUAUAAUUUAUGCUAUUGCCUUACUUUUUACCAUCUUUAUUACAUUUGAAAAUUUUAUUAUAGAGUAAGUUUAGUGUCUAGUGUGCCCCUGCUCUGAUAAAUCUCUGGGUCCGCCACUGUUGGGAUACGACAAAAACCGGUUUUCAAACCGGCCAAACUCAUGACCGGUCUUCCUAAAAAUGGGAGCGGACCCGGUGAUGGAUUUAUGGAGUGCCUAUACGGUAAAGUCGGUUGUACAAUGAGCACUUACAGCCGGUGAUAUUUUAGUAAUUUAAAUAAAUUUGCGUCUUUUGCGAAAUGAGCAUUAAUGUAGUUCAUGUGAGCAUUAGACAAAUUCUGUUGAGUAUUACAAGUCUAACAAUGAGCAUCGUGAUCUCUGCUUCAUAUCUUCUAAUUACUUUCCUUUUCUUAUUUUUUCUUGUAUAAAAACUUAUAAAGUUAUGUUUGUAAUCAACUUCGAUAAACUUCAAUAUGUGAAUUUUAAGUAAUUUGGCAUUUUUGAAAUAUGCAUUGAUAUGACAUUUUUAAAAUGAGCAUAAUAUCAGUAUCGAAUGAGCAUACGCAACUUACAAAAUGCGCAUUGAUAUGAAAAUCGUAAGGUUUGUUAGUUAAACAUCACAACAUUUUCAUUGAACAUCAAACCUCCUAUAUUGAGAUGAAAAUAACGGUUGAUAAUAUUUCUAUGAAAUGAUAGUUUUGAAUAUGAUAGCAUCAAUCUUUCUAUAAUCAACUCUCAUGAGAAUCUAAUGAACAUGAUAGUUUUGAAAUAUGCAUUGAUAUGACAUUUUAAAAUGAUUAUAAAACCAAUACCAGUUGAGCAUACAUAUCUUACAAAAUAAGCAUUGAAAAUACAAAAACUCAUUUGAACUCUCUCUCAUAUGUUCAAAUAUAUUAAACUUUCAUUUAUAAAAUUCAAAUUUUGAAAUUAAAUAAACAUUUCUACUUUUUGUAAAAACAAUUGAGUUGAUGGUCGAGAUUAUUAAAAGAAGAACGAGUAUAGUUCAUACUCUGUAUUAUUUAUAGAAUAUGCAUAUUAGUUUAUAUUUAAAAUUGACUUGUUAUAGUCGGCUAUAUCCGGUCAUGAACCAAUGAAUCAUUAUUGGCGGACGGUCCAUAUAAUUGGGAUUAUACAAGAAUAAACAAUGUUGAAAUUAUUGUUAAGCGAACCGGUAAUAAUAUGCAUUUUUAAUUUCAACUUUUUCUAUAUAUAACCAUGGUAAAAGUUUUAUUAAAUGGCAAAAGGUUGAAUUUGAAUAUGACAAAAUUAAUUAUAUACAAUAGGUAGUUAAAAGAGCGUGCAUUAAGUUGAAUGUAUGCUUUUAAAAAAAAUGGCUAAAGGGUCAAAUAGGUCCUUGAACUGACUUAAAGUGUUCAAUUAUCCCCUUAUAUAGGAGGUUCUGCCCGGUCGUCGCUAAUUGGGGCGGUUCCCGAUGGAAUUUUUUGAUGAAAAUUUUUUAGCAUCUUCUUCAUUAAGUCUAGUUUACUCAUACCAAAUUUCAGCUAAAAAUUCAACCGGGAUGGCAGUCAAAUGAUUUUCUGAAAUGUACUGCGCUGUUUAACUUCGCACUUGGUAUGAGUAAACUAGACUUAAUGAAGAAGAUGCUAAAAAAAAUUCAUCAAAAAAUUCCACCGGGAACCGCCCCAAUUGGCGACAUCCGGUCAGAACCUCCUAUAUAAGGGGCUAAUUGAACACUUUAAGUCAGUUCAAGGGCCUAUUUGACCCUUUAGCCAAAAAAAUUGAAUGUAUGAAGCGCAUUAGAAGUUAGAACUUUAACCAGGAUUGAGAGUACAUUUAACUAUUAUACUUUCAAAGAUUCUAAAAUUUACAUGCAUAACAUGUACACAUAAUAAAUAAAUUAAUACGGAGUAAUAUUUAUAUAAAUACUAGUUUUACGAUGCGCGUUGCGCGAUGAGAUAAUGCGCAACAUUAUAUUAUUUUAAAAUAUUUUUAUUAAAAUGUAUUUUUUGUUAGUAGAGUUAAGACUUUAAGUUGUAUGAAUGUAAAAACAAGCCAUGACAAGUGCGUGAGAACAUAUGAAACUUACAUACUUUAUAUCUAUGUUUACAUAUUGCUCGCGAAGCUUGGGAGCUGUUGUCCUAGAAGUGGACAGAUGGGGAUGAACUCUCUCUGGUGGAACAAAUUAAUCUGGAAGUGCAAACUAGGAGGAAGGAAGACUUGGAAAGGAUGAUUUGGGGCAAUUGGGCUGUCUUGUGCGAGAGAAACUACCGGGUGUGGCAAGGAACUGCUUCGACAACUCCUCAGUUUAUUAAUCGAGCUCGGGCUGUAGUUGAAGGCUGGCGACAACUCCAUUCUGGGCGGUGGAAUGAGCCAAAUCAGAGGCGGCAGGCAUUAGAGACCUAGAGGAAGCCGGGAGCAGGAGGCUUGAAGUUGAAUGUGGAUGCGGAAGUCCGUAUGGGCGGGUGCGGGCUCGGGUGGUGCUUACGGGAUGAUAAUGGGAGCUUUGUGGCGGGGGCAGCCUAUUCGUGGCCGGGGAAGUGGACUCCGCUUGGGGCUGAACUGCUUGGAAUCCGAAAAGCUCUCAGCUGGAUUAAACAGUACGGGUGGAAUGAGGUUGAGGUGGAGACCGAUGCAAUCCGGGCCGUUGCAGAAAUUACACUUGGGUCCAGUUGUUCUUCCAUUGGCUUGUUGGGCGAAGACAUUAGAGACUUGACGAAAUCGUUCAUGAACAUUUCUUUUAGUCAUAUUAUGCGUUCAGCGAAUAAGACAGCUCAUGCUCUAGCAAGAGCUGCUUGUUCUUUGUCUGAGUCGCGGUCUUGGUUUUAUACUUCUUCUUCUUUUAUUGUUUCAUGAUGCUGAUUUGAUUAAUGAUAAUUAAGUCUUCUUUUUGCAAAAAAAAACUAUGUUUACAUAUUGGGUUAUGAAUUUAGAGAAAGCUGUUUCUAAUAAAGUCAAC